UGCAAUCCCCCAAAAACCAGAGAAGAAGAAGAACGAAUCAUCUCAAACAGGAAACCAUCAAACGUUAGAGGAGAAUUCCUCGCAACAUUGCAAAUAAGUUAAGGACUUAACUUCUGCACAGACUGAAAGUAUAGUUACAUAAUGGCAGAUGCCCGAGAACGAACUCUUCGCAAACGCUCAAGAGCAGAUCAGAAGACGUUAAAACCUUCCCCCAAACGAAAGAGUCCUAGCCUGUGUUCUCCAGAGCAAACGAAGCUAGCGGGAGAUGCUCGAGUGAACAUUGGAUCAGCGUUUGAAACGUGGUGUGAAGUGAAGGCCUCAAAAGGAUUACAAAGUGAUGCAGAGUUGGCUCUUACUCUACUCGAUAAAAUGAAGAGGUUACCAUCCAAUUCAGAUUCCUCUGCACCCAGUGAUAAAAAGAUCAAGUUAUCCCAAUCUGAAGUGCAGACGCUGAUCGAGCAGGAGGUUCAAACUGCACUGAAAAAGAAAGACAACAAGCUGCUAGGUUUGCUAGGAAAAAUUCAAGAGCUGGAUGAAUCACUGAACUACAAAAACUCCAUCCAAAAACUGGAGGAGCGGAUGAACACAGUAACCAGGAGAGCGGAAGCAGCUAUCGCCAUCAUGACAAAGACACAGAAAGAGAACCCACAGCCAUCUCUGGAUGAUGUCGAGAUUAAAAGGUCAGACUCUUCGAAAGAUAAGAGGAAAAUCCCACCUGGUAAGAUCUCAGCCAUCAAGCCUGCUUUUAUAAAUAUUUGCAUUUGUGGAUUGUUGAGUAUUCGUUCAAUGCAAUUUACAUUUUCAGUUGUCAAAAGCGGUAUUAAGAGCAUGGAAAAGAAAGUGGAGUUCUUAAAUAUGAUGAAAAUCUCAAAAACAGCAUUAACAAAGAUGCAAGAAGACAAUGAAUCUUUGAAGGCUGUCAUAGCAGGUUUGUCAGAGAAGCUGCCUCCUCCGGUUCCUACUCCUAACGGCUCUUCUGACUGCAAGGGAACUCACAUAUUUAUUAAGAAAGAGACGGAUCAUGAGGCGGAAAAACACCCCACUGUAGAGGACUCAAAGCAGUCGUUUGAACUACAGGCUAUGAAGGUGAAAGUAGAACAUCUUUCCAUUGACCAUAGUAGCAGUCCCAAUCAAACAAACACCAAGCAGGGCACACUCUCGUAUCCUCCUCUGCCCCCAACAACCUUCCCCUCCGUCCUAAGCAUAGAGGUGGCUUCAUACAACCUUCCCGGGAGACCAAUAGUGAAUGUGGCUCUCAUUAAGAAACCCGUCGGCCUCUCUGUGCUCUGGAACGUGGAGGUUAAAGACCCCCAAGGCCCGCCCAUGGAUAGUUACAGCCUCUUCAUGACUAUGGAGAAGGUAAAAGGUAGCGGCGUCUUUCCAAGUUGGGCAUCCCUUGGUGAGAUUUCAGCCGGCCCACUACCCAUGUGUGCCAUGAUCAGUAAAUACAAGCUCGGCCACACAAUGUGUGUCGUGGUGAUUGGCAAGGACAAGUUUGGCCGGUACGGACCUUAUAGUGAAAUUGUGAACGCACUCAUACCCGAGUAGGAUAUGAGGUCAACGAUUUUCUACAUGAAGGACCACAUCUCAUACAUGUAAUCAAAUGAAGAGCAUCCAGAUUUUUGUUGUAGUUGUGCCUUAAAGCAAUCAUUCAUGUUUUUGUAUUAUUAUUUAAGGCAUACGAAAUAGAAUAGAAUUGCACCCAAUGUAUAUAGAGACUCCCCUACUGUCCUCCAGCAAUGUUUGCAUAACCAAUGGAUCAAUUGAUCAAUAUUUUUAUAAUGUAAAAAGCUUUUAUUUCUCAUUGAGAUACUAAAGUUGUAAAGGUUUUAUUGUAUGUUCUGAAUGGUCACUUGUUGAAUUAAAAAGUAGAAAUCUUUAA